AGUCCUGCAGGCUGCAGCCGAGCAAAGCCUGAUGUUUUAACUGUAUUUUACUGUUAUUGUUAGUCAGUUUUUUAGCAUUUGGAAACUAAAGUUAAAUUUUACUUUUAUAAAUACUAUUUUUCUACAGGUGGAUAUUUUAAAAUUAUAGAUAUAUAAGAACUAAAAACAAAAGGCGAACUUGUUGCCUGCUUUUUGUAUUUUUUACAUAAUAUGUACCGACGUUCAAACAUACAGUGUGUUUCUGGAAUUAAAGGCAAACCCGAAAUAUUAGUUACUUCUUCAAACAGCCCCACCGUGCAUUUAACGACGGGACAUGACUAAAACGGACGAAAGGUAUGGACACACAUGCAACACUGCAGAGAGCGUUCCCAUCUGCAGCUGCCAGCUAGCCAUGCCCUGCUAGGUGUUUUCUCCUCUGAACCUCGACCUUGGUCAUAAACUUCAGGACUUUCCAGGACUUUUAAGGCAGACUCCUCCAGAGGGGGAGCAAUAUGGGGGAAAGACGGGCACACUCCUUCCACAUGACAUGCCAUGUGCAGCGCGACUAUGGAAGCAGGCUGGGGAACUCCUUCAUACGUUGCAGCCCCAACGGAUACGCCAGCACGAGCCUCAGCCUCAGCCUGGACCAGGACAUGGAUGCUGAUCCUGUUGAAGCCUCCGACUGCACUACAGCUUCCUCCACUCUUCUGGCUUCUGCACCUGACGGGAGCCACUACUCUCCUGUUGCAUUGGAACUGGACCCCAUAGCGGUGAAUAAUGGAUCAGGUAUUCCCUGCUGUCCUCCGGCAAAGGACACAAAGGACCCUGUACAUGGGACCACAAGCAACCGACCCUCUAUCGUCACUAUAAAUCAACCUCUUCCUCUUGCGAGCUGGCUGCAUCGUCACCAAAAGGAUUUUCAGAACCCUUACGUCCAGACUAGCAUGCAGGGGGAUGUGUACAACUUCCUAGAGAGACCUGCUGGAUUGAAAUGCUUCCUCUACCACUUCCUUGUCUUCGUCAUGGUCCUGGUGUGUCUGAUCUUCAGUGUGCUUUCCACUAUAGAGCAAUAUGCAGACUUCGCCACAGGGACCCUCUUCUGGAUGGAAAUCGUGCUGGUGCUGUUCUUUGGCACGGAAUAUGUGGUGCGGCUGUGGUCGGCCGGCUGUCGGAGCAAAUAUGCUGGCAUCAAAGGACGCCUCCGCUUUAUCAGGAAGCCCAUAUCAAUCAUAGAUUUGAUUGUGGUCAUUGCCUCAAUAAUUGUGCUUGGUGUAGGGUCCAACGGCCAAGUGUUUGCUACGUCCGCCAUCAGGGGGAUCCGUUUCCUCCAAAUCCUUCGUAUGCUACAUGUGGAUCGGCAGGGAGGAACAUGGCGGCUCCUGGGAUCUGUAGUUUUUAUCCAUCGACAGGAGCUGAUCACCACCUUGUACAUCGGCUUCCUUGGCCUGAUUUUCUCCUCUUACUUUGUCUACUUGGCGGAGAAGGAUGCUGUGGAUGAAGAGGGCAAGACCGGCUUCUCCAGCUAUGCUGAUGCCUUGUGGUGGGGCGUGGUGACUGUCACCACCAUCGGCUACGGAGACAAAAUUCCCCAGACGUGGAUAGGAAAAGCCAUCGCCUCCUGCUUCAGUGUCUUUGCCAUCUCCUUCUUUGCUUUGCCUGCUGGUAUCCUGGGUUCAGGUUUUGCCCUGAAAGUCCAGCAGAAGCAGAGACAGAAGCAUUUCAACAGACAGAUCCCUGCUGCGGCCUGCCUCAUCCAGACACUUUGGAGGUGCUAUGCAGCAGAGAAACCAAAUGGCUGCGCUGCGACUUGGAAGAUGUAUGUUCUCACUCCAGAGGCCGUCACACAAGUGGAACCUGAAUCCAGCCCCUAUGUCAGGAAACUGAAUUUAUCGAAAAAAGGGACCAAGAGGAGGUUGAAGUCCAGAGGUAACGGCUCUAUCAUGGCCUCAGAGCAGACCGUAUCCAUCCCUCAGAUCACCUACGAUCACAUUGAAGACUCUGAGGAGAAGAAAGAUGUCCCGUUCUUUAUGGAACAACCUGGUGGGCAAGUUGAAGGAAUUGUCGGGAUGUUCAGACAAACAGGCCCUCCUCAGCAUUCUUGGUCAUCUUUCACACUAAGCUGCCCUGGAUCUCCAGUCAGGAAGAAUCUCGACAACAGCACCUCCAUCGACAUCUCCCGCGCCAACAGCAUAACAGACGAGCUGGACUUCAUGGCUGAGGACAUCCCCCUGCCUGAAGAGACCGCCAAACCUCAGUUGUCCCAUGCCCAGAGAUCAGCUGUUAAAGUCCUCCGCAGGAUGCAGUACUUUGUAGCCAGGAGAAAAUUUCAGCAAGCGCGGAAGCCGUAUGACGUGCGAGACGUGAUCGAGCAGUAUUCCCAGGGUCACCUCAACAUGAUGGUCCGCAUCAAGGAGCUGCAGAGGAGGCUUGAUGGCACUCUAGGGAAGCCAGGAAUGUUUCUCCCAGGAAAAGGAGAGGAUAAAGAAUACCCAACUAUCGGUGCACGGCUGAUCAGGCUGGAGGAUAAGAUUCAUCAGAUGGACAAGAAGAUGGACUCGGUGCUGCGGAUGCUGAUGGAGCAGUUCAAGCCUAAACCUGAGAUGAUGACCAAACCGUCUUUACGCAGGGUGACGAUCCAGAAGCGCAUGGGUGUAAGCAUCGACGAGGGGCCCUGAUGAUGCAGCAGUGAUGGUCACAUAGCGGUAUGACAAAGGAGUUCACAUAAAACAGCCUAGCACCCUACAUUGGGGCUAGUUUGCACAUUCAAGAGGACUCAGUCUUCCAAAACAAACUUCCCUCUCUUAAAGACUUUCUCAUAGACAUUUAUCCCCAGAAUGAGAACAAUUUUGCUCUAUGGCUUGAGGGCAAAAGAAACCAAGAAAGGGACUCACGCUGAAGAAAAAAGCUCACUGACCUCCUCUUCCUGAUGAUUUUUGGCCUUGUUUUAGGUCUAAAUGUAGCUCUCUUUUCCCUCAGUCUUCCCCUCCAGCAGAGUAACCCAAGCUGCAGCACGCUUCACAAAUUUAUUCCACUAUACAUUAACCCUCAUAAUCACACCACUCUAAUAAUGUUAAUUUAUGUGUGGCCUGUCACUGAGCUGCAUUCCUCCACUCCAAAUAUUAUUCCAAAGCUAACUAACCCAGUAAUGAAGUCGUAAUGCAAUCAAAGCACUCAAGCUCCCCAAAGACGUGAAGAAAAAAUCGGAGAGGCCGCCUGUGGCAGAGGCAUUCCUCAAGGCCUUCUGAUUAUCUUGGCACCAUGCACGCCCAGUACACAACAGGGUUAUUUCCAUAGCCACAUAUCCAACCAGCCUAAAUGUACUUAGGCUGAGGCGGGUGUUUGUUAGUAGUGAUCGAAUAACACAGGGAAGGGUGGAUGAUCUGUUGAUUUUUGCCCUGUGCUAGGCACCGGAAGGCUUGAGUGAAGGAAAUAAGAGGCAAAGAAAUAGGUUUCAGCCAACGUGAUUCUGAUUUAUAUCCAUGUCAAAGCUAAUAAAAAUUGAAAACCUG